AUGGAGGGCAAACAUCAUCUAUCAUCAGAGUCUCCUAGUCCACACUCUGAUACUGCAGACAACUACGAAGCUGGUGCAGUCAAAGAGUCUCCAACCAACGGAGUCCCCACGAGCACCUCACCGCUCUCUCCUCUUCCCAACUCUAAUAUUCCUUUGUCCCCGCAUGGUCAGUAUCAUUCCAGUCGUGCCAGUCUAUACAGGGAUGCUCACUAUGGCCGUGAGCGCAAGGAUAGGCAUGAAAGGGAUGGUAGAGACUACAGCGAUGUUAGGGACCCUCGUCGUAAUGAGAGGUACAGAGACUCUAGGGACGAACGGGAUGGUUUUCAACAGGACUCGAUUCAACUGCAAAUGUCUUCUUCCAUGUCAAGCUCUUCAUCAGGCAGAGACUAUCACUAUAGAGAUAGUCGUCGAAACAGCAAGGACCGGGACAUUCAUCGGGACAGAGUGGGUAGAGAGCGAGAAGGUCAUCGAGACAGCGAGUGGGCUGGCCGUUCAUCUUCACCUCCAAGACCUCGUCGCUUUAUUCGGGAUGUACGGGAUCACAGAGAUUAUCCAAGAGAAUAUAGAGAAUAUCGAAGUUUGCACUACAACGAUUCCUUGGAUCCACGAGAUAUAUCAUAUCGUGAUCAGCAACGAGAGCAUGGACGUAGCAGAUAUCAUCGGGAUUGUGAGGUAUAUGACCAAUACACUGAUGUUCGUGGUAGCGCACAAUCUUCUCGUUAUCCUCUUUCAACACAACCCGAAACUUCUGCCCCGUCAUCACAUGAAUAUCUGGCAGCUUUAGACGGACCUUCAUAUGGCACAGCUAGUGCUCCUCCCCCACCACCAUCCCGAGAAAGAUGGGCGGGAUCGCAUCAACCCUCUAACCUAUCUCCAGGCAUUGGCUCUGUACAAAAUCAGCCCUCUCAUCACUAUUUGCAACGAAGCUACCGGCCUGGGCGAGAUUCGAGAGAGGCUUGUGAUUCAAGGGGUGGGUAUCCACCACGAGAUGCACCUCCAUCCUAUCGUGAUCAACCCCAUUUAUCUCGUGGUGAUCAUCCUGAAUAUCACAGAGAAUAUCGAGACUAUCGCCGUCGAGAUGCUCCUAUGGAUUCAUGGGAUAUGCAUGACAGCCAUGGUCCACGUGGAAGUAUGAGAGAAAGCAUACGGACUUAUCCGCGCCGAAAUGAGCGAGAACUAUACACAUCAAGAGAAUCUCAACCAGAUUUGCACUACAACUCACAUGGUUCGUCCGCUCCUACUCCUCGUCCUUCAUCUUUGUCGCUCUCACAUAGGCUGCAGCAAUCCCCAUACACUCUGAAUGCGCAUCAUCCUCCAUCCACACCUUCCCAUCAGCAGCCAGUCCCUCCAGAAUAUAUAUCGUCACCAUCUAAUUUAAACUCACACGGGGACCAUCUUCCAGGUGCCGCUCCCAUAGUCAGAGGGAUGAGUGCAGUAUACAUGGAAGAAAGGCAAGGAAAGGACUCGCCAAUAGGAGUUAAUGUGAAUCGCGGAAGCAGCAAUGGCGGUGUUGGUGCACGACAUGGAAAUAUAAAGUCAAGUUUUGAUAUUCCCACUACUCCUCUAUCUGGUCGAUUCGGCCUUGCCGUGUCACAAUCCCCAGCCACUUCAAUUGACAAUCCACAAAAGCGUCCGCCUAUUGACGAUUCUGAUCCGUUUAUCCAAGAGCUGAAACGCCUGAGAACUGAAGAGAUAAAGCAUGUGAAUGAUCUGUGCCGACUUGAACUGGAGUUGUCCCGUGUUAAUGGAGAUGUUGAUCGGUUUGAAAAGCAGUUGGUGGUUAUACAGGCUGAAUUACAAGAACACGAAAAGUCGAUGACCAAUAUGCGAGUAGCGGUUGUUUGAAAUACCCAUUCAUAUGUAAUAGAUUCCAGAUGGUUUAAUAAAUUCGAAUAAAGUAUUUAUCUG